ACGAAUUGUGUGAGAUUCCAGGGAGGUAACUCAGUUCAAAAUUUCUUUGGAAGUUUCGUUUGAACCGAAAGCAGCAGGGUUUGGUCUUCAUUAAUCCACAAAGAAAUCUUAUCAAAGAAACAGUGAUGACUACAUAAUGUAACGAGUAUGUUAAACUAUUUGGUUUGCAUGAAAAAGGAUAUACAUGUAAGAAUGACUGUUUGGAUUGGAUAUAAUGAUUUGGUGGUAAAUGCUGAUAGGCAAUAGAGCAGACUAAAUUGAUGUAAACAAUUUUUUUUUGGAGAUGUAUAUGAUGUAGAAACUAGACUGUCAUUUGACUGUGAAUAACAAAAAAAUACCUAAAAAUGGAUUCAACAAAAAAGGAAGAUUUCAUGAUGAAGCGUUCUGUGAACAAAAGCAGAAUCACAGCACAGAACUAUAAAAGUCGCUGGUUCAUAUUAGAUAAUGAUACUUUAAGCUAUAAAGAUGGAACAUUAGAGAAAAAAGGUAAAGUGAAAGGUUCGAUAAAACUUGAGAAGAUAAAAGUAGUGGAGGCUGUGGAAGACAGAACGUUAGACAAUAAAGUCAAUGUUUUCCAGGUAGUGUAUGGGGAAGGAGCAGAAUUUUUUACAUUAUAUAUUGUUGCCCUGAAGGAUGACCAAAGAAAGGAAUGGAUAGAAAUACUCAGGGAUGCUGCUGGGAAGAAACAUGCUUGUUUCUUUCCAAAGUACCAUCCUGGAGUCUGGACCAAAUCAUUGGGACGAUAUUCAUGCUGUGAUCAGAUUGAUAGGAAUGCUGUAGGCUGUAGUCUUACUACACCAGAGAAAGAUGAUGCAACAGUACCGUCUGUGUCAAAACAGCAGUCUGUGAUAAACAAACCACUCCCGCCAAAACCUGAGGACAAUAACCAGUCACGCGACAAGAAAUUCUUUAUUGCUAUUUAUAACUUUACUCCUGUAGAAGAUGGUGACCUUGAACUUCAGCAGGGAGAAGAAUAUGAAGUUGUGGAUGAUACCAGAGAUCAUUGGUGGCUAGCUCAAAACAAGGCAGGGUUACAAGGAUAUAUUCCAGCUAAUUAUAUAAAGAAAAAGUUUGAUUUAGAAAUAUUUGAUUGGUUUUGUAAGAGUUAUUCUCGAGAACGGAGUGAGCAGGUUUUAAGAAAGGAAGGAAGAGAAGGAUGUUUCUUAGUGAGGGAAUCCAGUACACCAGGAAUGUUUACUUUGUCUCUCUAUACUUCAGAAAGUGAUGGAACAGUUAAACAUUAUCAUAUAAAGAAAAAUACUGAAGGAAUGUUUUACAUAGCAGAAAAACAUGCAUUCCCAUCAGUUCAGGAUUUAGUUCAUUAUCACAAACAUGAUUCAGCAGGAUUAUCAACACGAUUAAGAAGUCCCCCAGCACCAGAGGGAGGAAAAACAGCACCAGCUACUGCAGGAUUUGGUCAUAGUAAAUAUGAAAUAGAUCCCACAGAAAUAGUAAUAGAACAACAACUAGGGGCUGGAUGUUUUGGUACUGUUAACCAGGGUAAAUGGAAACAAAAGGUUGUAGCAGUUAAAAUGAUGAAGGAAGGCACAAUGUCUGAAGACAGCUUUAUAGAGGAAGCAAGAACUAUGACACAAUUAAAUCAUCCAAAUUUAGUACAGUUGUAUGGUAUUGUAACUAAAAGACGACCACUUAUUAUUGUAACAGAAUUAAUGCCGUAUGGUUCACUUUUAACUUAUUUAAGAAGACAUAAGGCAAGAUUAAUGCCUAAAACUGCAACAUUAUUAGACAUAUGUUCUCAAGUGUGUAAUGGAAUGGCUUAUUUAGAAAAACGGAAAUUCAUUCAUCGAGAUCUUGCAGCAAGAAAUUGUUUAGUGGGAGAAAGCAUGGUUGUAAAAGUUGCUGAUUUUGGUUUAGCUAGAUAUGUAUUGGAUGAUGAAUACACGAGCUCUCAAGGAACAAAAUUCCCAGUAAAAUGGGCACCACCUGAAGUAUUAAAUUUUACUCGUUUUAGCAGUAAAUCAGAUGUAUGGGCAUUUGGAGUGCUUAUGUGGGAAACUUUCACUGGAGGUCAAAUGCCAUAUGAUAAAAUGAAGAAUGUUGACGUCGUUGAUUUUGUUUGUCAGUCUCGUAGACGAUUAGAACAGCCUCAAAGUUGUCCAGAAAAAGUUUAUCAAGUUAUGAUGAAGUGCUUUAAUCAUGAUGCAGACGGACGUCCAUCAUUUCAAGAUUUAUUACAGACAUUAGGUGGCCUAAUGGAGAGAGGAAAUUAUCCAUUCAUUGGUCCUGUGUGACCUCUGUAUGAGUAGGUCUUCAAAUUCCUCUUUGUCAACACUGAAUAUAUGGAACAAAUUGUUGAGUCUCUACCAAAACAGUAUAUUUCUGUGAUUUCAUUGUAUGUUAAUCUUAUAUUGACCUAUGUAGAGAUGAAAAUUCGAUAAAACCUUGCUUUUUGGAAAAGCGACUGCUUAUAAAACUGGAUAUGAGUGCUGCUGUCUUAUGAAGAAAGGCCAAAGCUUUCAUUUGUAUGAUAUGAAAGUUUGUGUGUGAACUUUGUUAAAUAGCUUGAUAUGAAUGAAUCAGUUGUAUAUAUCUAUGUACCAGUACAUGUGUUAAUUAUUUUCUGGACAAUGCAGACAGAAAUUAAAACAUUUUAACAUGUUAACAAAAAUAUGUGUAAUAGUUUCUGCAGUGCAACUCGACAUGUAUUUAAGUAUAAAAAGAAAUAAUAUGAUUGUUUUGCGCAAAAUCCUAUAAUUAAUGUGUACAGAUAUUUUGAUGAUUCAUUUAUAUCUUAAUCAUAACAUUUAUAUAAUCAAUUGUUAAAUGUGUAUCAGGUUCUAUGACCAAAUUCACAAGACAGACUCAAACUUUUAGCUUAACAACUUUUUAGUAUUUAUAUUUUUGUUGAUAAUGCUUCACCAUGUUCACUUGGCCCAUCGUUUUGAUGUAUUAUUAUUGCUUUUAUUCCUGCAAAAAAUAAAGUUUGGGUGCAUACAUAUAGAAACCACCCUGUUUAUUUUUUUGCCUUGUCCGUGAUUUUGUUUAGUACAUUUUGUACAACUGUUUGGUUGAUAGCAACAAAAUUCCACAUAGAAACAAGAAAGAUAAACCAUGCAAGGAUUAGCAUGUCAGAUGUAAGAUUAUUAUAUAUUCAAAUAUCUUUCACAAGAAAAAUUGGAGGAAAAUUUUAUCAUGGUUAUUUUAAUAAAUUUUUUUUUGGGGGGGGGGGGGGUAGCAGAAACAAAUUCAGUCAUGGGGAUAUAAUUUUGUGGCAAAAAAAACCAAUUUGUUUCAUCUGGCUCCUUAAACUUGUAAGGUCACAACCUUUUAACCUCAAAUGCUGGAUUCCAGCCCAAUAAGUUUGUAACAUUUUGUAUGAAAGUUGAAACUGCUUAUAGUACAUGGAAAAUCCAAACAUUUUAUUACAGAAAAACGAAAUACAAUCAUGUUUCCAUCUAUGGAUGGCCUAUUUUUGUAGAGCAGUUAUAAUUGGGUAAUAAAAUGCCAGUAAAAAAGUGCAAUAUUUGUUCUUAUUCUGUUUACAGACAUGAAUAUUUAACAUUCUUAUAAAAUUCCUAUAAAAGUAACAAAUAAAACUUUACAAAAGAAUAUUGAUGUACAGCUGCAUAAAGGUCAACAUCAUCAGAUAACUUUGUAAACAUAUAUGAUUUAAUAUAAUAUUUUAAAUUGGUGUUAGGACAAUUUUGAAAACAAAUGUCAGAUAUAAUAUUGUUUUUAUAGUGCUAUUUAUUUGAUAAAAUUAAGAUUGCAAAAAGUGCUUGACUAUUGUGAUUUAAUUCCCAGGUUUCUCAGGAAAACAUUUAUUGUCAUUCCUUAUAGAAAUGGACCAUAUUGUUUCCAACUUUUUUAUGAUUGUUUAUGACUUGUGCCAGUUUUAUAAAUACAUUGUACAUGUAAUGAUUAUGUAUUUUUAAUGCCUAUAUUACACAUUGUAUUAUUAUUAGAUACAUUUCAUAAACAGGGGUCUGGAUUUUUGUUCUUCAUGUCUGUUUCAUAUAAUUUUUCAGUCAUUUUUUUUUGUUUAUAUAUAUUUUGCAUUUUUUCUCCCAUUCUUAAUUUUUUUUUCUAUAAUCAUCAAACUCUAUCUGGAUCAUCAUACACCAUUAUCUAAUUACCUGUAUACAUUUUAUGAUAAAGAAUUAUGUAGAAUUCUCGCCACAAGAUGAUUUAUAUAGUGUCACUGAAAGCUUUAAUAUUUAUAGUAGUAUAUGUAGUGCUAUUUUCUUACAUUUUUACAAGAAGGUAUAUUUUGAAGUCUUCCACAAUUUGAAUUAUUUUGACUUUGUUAGUACAUCGAUACACUACAGAAAUGUAAUGCUCUCUCUUUAUAUACUGUGGAUUAAUUAUUAUUCGUCAGAUACCUAUUUGUGUUGUUUUUUAUGGGUAUAGGUGAUUACCCUGAUAUUUAAUGUUCAAGAAAUAACAAAUUUUCUAUAGACUUAUGUGUACAUUUUGACAAUACUAGAAAUUAAAUAUCCACAAAUAUUUAGUUUUCCCACGGGAGGGUCUCAACAUGGGAUUUUGGGUACAGAUGUGCAGCUGGGAUUUUAAAAACACCCCCCAUUCAUAUAUUGAAUAAUUGUGAAAUCCCUACCUAUACAUAUAUUUCAAAGCGAAAUCAUAACCCAUUCAUAUAUUUAUCAGCUCAAAUAGUACCAAAAUCGGUCAAUUACUACCUAUUGAUAUAUUUCCUCGGUAAAACUGCACCCCAUUGAUAUAUUUGACUGAUCAAAAAAGGGACCCAUUCCAGCGGCACAUAUGUAUAUACCUUUAUAUAGGAAGAGACCCCCCCCUGUGAAUUUUCCUUAAUCCAUGAAAGUUGGUACCCCUGAAAAAUAAAUGAAUCCGCAAUAAAUGAAUAUGAAUUAUUGAGAAAGUAACCCAACUAAAUAAACAACCCACACAUGACAGACCUAAUUUUGGUAUUUUGCAAUAAAAAUAAUGAUAGCAGAAUUUCCUUUUAAGGAAGACCAAAUAUUUUUUUUCACAAAUACUCAUUCAAACAAAAGACUGGAGAAAUAUCCUCUAAAUUUAUUGGUAGAUUUUUAAUGAAUACAUGACCAUAUGUACAAAUAACCUUCUGUCGACAGAUGUAAUUCAUUUGUGAAAAAUUACUUUAGAUUGGUGCAUAUCUUAAUAUUAAGUGCUAAAGAGACAUAAAGUGUGAUAUGUAUUGUGAAAAAAAACACCAUUUUAUGUGAAUUUACAAUUAUAUGUCUAAAAGCUUGAUACUUGAUUGCGUUUUGUGUAUAAAUGAUUCAAGUAUUAAAAAACAGCCAAAAUGUAGAAAAUUUUGUAAUAAUUUAUAAUUUGAAUUAAUUGUGUAAUGCUGUAAAUUUUGGUUAUUAUUAUUAAUUACCUUUCAAAAAGGUGCUUAUGCGUACUUAUUGUUUCAGAUGGUUUUUUUUAUACAUAUGUUACAGAUAACCAACAUGAAUGCUAAUGAAAUAGGACAUCCAUGACAAUUUAUAAUACUAUGGAAUUGUUUGAUGACCUUGACCCUUUAAUACAGGUUUCACCUGGUCAGCUGUGUUUAAUAAAUAAAAAAAAAUAAUAAGCAAAUUAAACACGAAGAAUUAAUGAAAUCUUAAACUAAAUAUUUUAAGGUAGAUUAACUACAUGUCACCUUAGAAUUGUGUAAAGCUGCAAUAUGCAAUCAGUCUAGUUCUUUGCCUAAAUAGAUCUGUAAAUUUUGAGACAGACUGGCAUUUAAUGUGUAAGACUGUUAAUUUAAAUAACAAAAAAAUAGUGUGUCAGACUGUUUUAACAAAUACCAAACUUUUGUUUUUGUUAAUUCAAUUUUUCAACUUAUAAGGGGAGAUAAUUCUUUUAAUAAAUUUUAUAUGUAGCAAGAAGACAAGUCAGUAAAAACCAUACUUAUAUCAUUCAAAGUUUAAUUUUAUGCUUUUCCAUCUUAAAGCUUUAUACAGGGGAAUAAUGUUUCAAAACACCAUAUCUUGUUGCUUGAAUAAAAGUUAAUUUUUAAGAAAUUGAUUUAAUUAUAGAUGUAGGAUUUACAUUUAAAUUGAGAUUAUCUAGAUCUUUAAUGGUGAGUAGUUGCAUGUUUUUCGAAGACAAUCAUUAUUAAGAAUUUAAUUUUGAAUA